CCGGUGCAGCCCGGACCUGAUUAGCGGCCGUACUGUUUACGUUCCGCCGCAGCGCGGAUGUGAGCAGCAAACAGUCUGACUGCGGUGAAGAAUGUACUCUCACGGUUCCGAGAGUUUGAUAAAACAAGCGAGGGAGAUUCAGGAGUCUGAGCUGCAGAAGUUUUACAGCCGGCUUGUGAAGCUGCUUCAGGUCAAGGAGCUCGGUCAUGAGACGCUGGACUCGCUGCAGAAGCUGCACCUCAUCCUGUCCACUAAUAAAUAUGCCAGAACGCUACCCCUCGACCUCCAGAAGAGGCUGCUGCUGCUCCUCUCCUCCCCCUCGGAGCAGCUUCAGGUGCUGAGCUAUGCCGUGCUCAGGGAGACGCUGCCCUCUUCUGGCGAAGAGCUGAACACCAUCCAGGAGAACGUCAGUCAGCUGAACACUCACGCUGCAGCUCUGCUCAUCUCGCAGGCCGGGUCCAGGGCCGACCUGUCCGAUCUCUGUGCGCAGCUCAUCCGUGGACUGGAAGUCCGGCCGUCCGAAGGGCCGUCUCGCUCGCUCAUGUUCACCCUGCCGGUCCUCCGAAGCGUCCUCUCACUCAGCCCAGACUGCCUCACUGAAGAACACGUGACCGCAGUGAGUAAGAAGCUCGUCGACUGGCUGCGCUAUGCCAGCAUUGUGCAGGGAGGGGGAGCCUCUUCAGGAGGGUUCUUCACAGGACCCAGGUCCCGCCAACCUUUGCCUACAGCAGAGCUGGACGGGUCGGUGUCAGGAGACUUCUUCACCGUCCUCUGUAUGGGACAGGGCUUCACAGAGGACCAGUGGAUGAACGUCUAUUCGUUUUCCAUGCUGCGUCACUGGCUCCUCAGCUGCCACUCCGUUUCCAGCGGCAACUGCACAAUGGACGCCGCCAGCAGGCUACAGCUCAGCCUCUCCCUCUCCCACUCCUUUUCCAACGAUGAUCGAUCGGAGGUGGACGGAUCAGUGGUCUCCAUGGUUUCAGCUACUUCCUCCUCCAGCCGUCUUCUUCCUCCGAAGGAGCGUCUGAGAGAGAAAGCGUUCCAGUACAGCCAGCGCCUGAUCGAGCAGUGUGACCGCAAGGCGCAGAAGAAGGCAGACACAGAGCUGCAAAAAGCGUGCAUGGUGGAGGCGGUCUGCAUCCUGGACUGCGUGUGCACAGAGGACCCCUCCAUGGUCUUCCGUGCCUUCCCGUCUGUCAAGGCUCUGUUCGGCCGGCUGAGCUCGGACCUGUCGUUCGCCAGGGUCCUGCUGCCCAUAGCGCAGUUCUACCUCCACCAUGGCGAGAUGGCAGCCGUGGACUGUGAGAGCGUGUGGAAGCUGGUCUUGGGCCGCUUCCCCGCGGAGCUCUUCAACGACCCCUUCCUGGCCCACGAGCUGCUGCGCUUCCUUCGCCAGGACCUGGACAGUCUGAAGCUUCGAGCGCCUGAGUUUACACGCUUCCUCCCAAACCUCCUGAAGUUUCUAGCGUGGGAUAGUGCAGCAGUAGUGGACGACUUUGUGGAUCUCCUGCCCUCCCUGGUUACUGAAGGAACGGCCGUGGAGAUGCUUCACACUCUGCUGGACCUGCCGUGCCUUUCCGCCACGCUCGUCUUGCAGCUCAGGUCCAUGUCGUCGCCCAUCUCGGAGCCGAGCAGCCGGGGCCUGCUGUCGCUGGACGCGUUUCGAAACCCUUCUUUCAGAGGACUUUUCCUCUUUCUGCUUCGGGUGGAGACGGGCUCAGGCCACACAAUCGACCGGCUAAGCACGCUCCAUGAUCUGCUGGCCGAGGCUGCUGAUUGGCCCAGAGUGGUCCGCUGUGCCCAGACUGUGCCGGUGCUGCUGCACAUUUAUUUCAACACAGUCGUUACGGUGGCCGAUGAGAAGCUGCUAGCCCACCUGGUUCUGGUGAUGCUGGAGAGGAGCAGUCUCCUCCUCGCCAUCCCCAAAUACAGCGCAGAGAUCCACAGGGUGUUCAGCUGCCACCUGCUGAGGCUGUGCAAGCUCCGCCCCUCUCUGGUUGUGGACCAGUCACAUGAGCUGCUGGAGUUUGCUGGGACCACAGCCAACGUCUACAGCAGGAAAGAAGUCUACACUCAUGUGGUGUGGGUGCUGGGGGAGUACCUGUCAGUGUCGUCUGACUCGCGCUGCUCCGUGACGCUCAUCACUUCCUGUUUUGAAACUCUGGAGGCCGUCCUGUUUGAGAUCACCUCGUCUGCCCCGCCCCCCGACACCGUGUGCCCCGCCCCUAAAGUCAUUACCACCUUGAUGAGCGCGCUGGCCAAGCUGGCGUCGCGAUCACAUGAUCUCAUUCCGAGGGUGUCCCUUUUCUUCUCCAAGCUAAGAACUGCAGCCAGAAGCGGGCCUGUCGCCUGGUGCUCCGACGAAGAUGACCUCGUUGCCAUAGUAACGCGCGGGGAGGAGUUAUGGUCCCUGCUAAAAGCCCCCGGUGUGGCUCAGAGCGUCCUGACCCCGCCCCCUCACGUCAUCACGCCGCGGUGGCACAGGGACACAAACCUGGCGGUGCCGCUGCAGCUUCGCCUCCUCACCAGGCUCACACAACCCAAGUGACAACAACACGCACUGUCGUCCUGCACUGGCUGAAGAUGCAGCCGCUGAACAAUUAACACCUUCGUCUGAAAAAUUUUUGGGAUUCUUGCCCAUUCUUUUGUAAAUAAAUGAGAUGAUUCACUUGUAAUUUAAUGAUGUGGCUGAUCAGUAAAAAAGAAAAAAGAAAAAUCUUAACCGUGCUUUAAAGUUUCUUAUUUAUUGCAUUGAUUUCACUGAAAUACAACAUUUUUACAAAAAAUACCUCUGAUAUAUAAAAAAAAACACAACUCUUCAUCUCCUGAGUGAUUAAGUAGUAAGUGGUGCCUUUAAAACGGUAGCAAAAUCCUCUCUUUUGAGGUCCUACCCAUCCUUAUUUAGGCGUCAUCG